AUGUCCUGUUUCGGCGGCACCGACGAACAGAUCUACAUGGUCGAGGUACUGAUCCACAGGGUGACUCUCACGCGAGGAAAGAUCAAGGAUAUCGGUGAAUAUCCAAUAGCGAUAAAGGUGAAGUUUAUGAACUUCCCCGUGUUCGAGAUCACGCGACAGGACUUUUACUCCUACACUCCACCGCCGCCCGAAGAGGACGGUUGCUCCCUGCGGUUCAUGAUAGGCAGGAGUUGUUUGUUCGUUAUGCAGCCGAAAGAACUGGUACACGUGUUGCAAUCGACGGCUAUAAAGGUGGGUGUCUUCCGAAUCGGUGACACUUAUCCAACAGCCGAGACGGAGGUAGAGCUACCUGGCUGUCUAUGCGAUCAAGUGGCCAUGGCCCAGAACGACGCGGAGAACCUGCCCAAACCUUUCGUCGUGAAGGGUAGCUACAAUCUCGUGGAUCCUGGCGAGAAUCCGUCGGGCACGGUGGACAUGGAGCUGCGACUGCUAUGCUUUGGCAGAUCCAUCAUGACCCAUUACGAGUUGCACCCCAAGUUCUUUACGUUCAGAAACCAGGACCAAGAACGAGAGUUCUGUGUCAGACGACUGGUACCGCCCAGCUACCUUCCGGAAGGUGUCACCCACGACAUCUCCCAGUUCCCAGACAGAACGACGAUGGACGAGUUGAAAGGGAUCAAGCCGGAAAUGACGCGCAAAGGGAGAGGACGAAAGGGCAGAAAGAAGGGCAAAGGUGGCAAACGAAAGGGUAAAAAGUGA